AUGAGCCUCCUCAUAAAGCUAAAUAGGAAAUACAUGCUGGUUCCUAAAAUCCUCUACCUAUCAGCCAGCAUGCAACACUAUAUGCUACAUAAGUUCAGAUAUCUUUUUGCCAAGGAAAAGUUCGGUAUCGCCGAGAACCAAAUAUGGUACAUAGGAGUCAUAUUCUUCAUCGCAUUCUUUGUAAACAUAUUGUUCGCAACGAUUAACGAUAAGUUCAGGAAGCCAAAGAUACUCAUGGCAUGCAUGGUGCCUCUGUCUGGAGUAUUCUUCCAGCUAUUUUACAUAGAUGCAUACAUAAGAGCAGCCGGCAUGUUUUGGAUAAAUCUGUUUAUGUACAUUACGGUUAACACCGCGAUUCCUGUUCUGCUCGACAAGGUUGUGCUUGACUAUCUCAACAAAUUUCCAGACACGACGUCCAAGAUGUAUGGAAGACAAAGGAUUUGGGCAACCAUUGGAUAUAUGGCUUCAACAUUCACAGUUGAGGGCAUCCUUCGGAAAAACAAAGAAGGUGCAGAUGUUGACUUUUCUGGCCUACCGUAUUACUCGGCAGCAAUAACGCUCGUCAAUCUUCUUCUUGUUGUGGUUUUUGUAGAAAAUCCUAAAGAUUCCAUAGAUCCUUCCAAAGUCAAUAUGAUGUCUGAGUGGAGGGAGCUCAUACGCAACAAGGAGUAUCUGUUUUUUAUUCUGAUCAUUCUGAUGAAUGGAAUCACACGCUCUGGAAUGACCAUCUAUCUUCCUGUGUACAUAACAGAGGUUCUGAAUGUCAAGCCAUAUGUAUUGCCUGAGGCUUGGGAGAAUGAUGCACUGCCAACAGAUUGGGCCUUGUACUUUUGCCUCAGCACCUGGAUGCUACUGAUUAAGAAAGCCAUAAGCGCGCUUAAUAGAUUUCCGCUGAGCACCAUUGCUGUGUUUGAGAUAUUGCUGGAAAUGGUUUCCUUGUUCUAUUCGCAGGCAGUUAUUCGCAGAAUGGGAUUGAUAUGGCCACUUCUGCUAGCACAAACGUCUCAGAUAAUUAGGUUUUCUCUGUAUCUGGUCCUUCCGUAUUCUCAUCCUCAUGUUUUUAUAUUCUGUUGCAUCUUUGAGAUAUUCAAAGGAAUCAACUUUGGGUUAACGCACGGGUCUGGGGUACAGCUUGCCGAGAAGCUGUGCUCUCCACACUUGAAAGCCACGUCUCAAGCAAUUUAUCACGGAGUCUUUGGAGCAGUGGGAUCUGUAUCUGCAGGACUACUAUUUGGACAUGUAUUCAGACACAGCAAGCCGGACGGAAUAGAAAGAGUUUCUGACGAACGUAUUCAGUCUUUUAGAACGUUUUUCAUGUUGAACACUGCGAUUGCAUGUGUUUCUAUUGUUUUAGUUACUAUGAGAUACGGGUCUGGCAGUAAGAAAUUUUAUAAUAAACUUUUUUGA